AUGAUUUCAGAAUAGAGCCUAAAUCAAAGACUGAUCAUUAAUGAAAAUGAAUUUAAUGCAUCAUGUUUAGACUAAACUUCUAAUAAUUCUGAUUCUAAAUAACAGACAGACCCAUAAAUGUAUUAAAAACCAUUAGAUUUAUUUAUGGUUUGCACAGGAUAAGAUGAUUAAGAUGGAAAGCUACAACCUUUAAAUAUUUUCACUUAAAAAAUUCAACCUAAAACUGAAUAUUUAUAAGAAGAAAGUCCAUAUAUUGUUAAUUUUGAUGAGAGCUCUUAUCUCAAUCCUAGUCAAUUAAGACCAAUAGCAGAAACAGAUGGAUUGAUUGGUUAUUAUAGCAAAAAUAAAUAUAAAAAUGUCAUUUAAAUGCUAAUAUGUGUUACUAUGUAUAGUGAGGAUAGGCACUUUCUUGAGUAAACUCUUCUUCACAUACAAAAAAAUCUUUAAGGAUUUUCAGAAUUAGGAGUGUAAAAUUUUUAAAUCGUUGUUGCUGUAAUUUAUGAUGGCAUAAUGAAAAUCAAAGAAGAAGUGGUUGAAUUUUAUUGUGAGCUUGAGAAAGGAGAGAGUAUAGAUCUAGAUAGAAAUCUUAAAACUAGAAGAGAGUUAAUUCAAAACUAAAUUGACUUCUUAGAGCUAUAAAAAUAAUCAUAUCUUUUAGAUGCAAAUGAAGGACUACCUCCUUCAAUACCCAAAAACAUAUCUCUAUUUUAUCAAAACAAAAUAUAAAUAAAAUAAUUCGAUAAAUAAAAUAGAAAUUCAAAGAUUAAAAUUCUGUGUCCUUACAAUGCAGAAUUUAAUUAAAAUGAACCUAAUUUAACAGUUUUUUCUAUUUUUAAACAUAAAAAUGCCAAGAAACUAUCUUCUCAUCUAUGGUUUUUUGAAGGUUUAUGUAGGUAAGUGAGACCAAAAUAUGUGUCAUUCGUAGAUGUAGGCACACUGCCUUCUGAAUUAGGACUUGUUUAGUUUUAUAAAGUUAUGGAAGGAAACUAUCAUAUUGGGGGAGUAUGUGGUUUCUUAGGGUUAGAAGAACCCCCUGAAGGAGGACAAGAAGAUAACACAAAUUAAAAAAAGAAUAUAAAUUAGAAACAUUUAAAUAAUAAAAACUUUGAUUCUUUCUUAGGCUUCUUGCAUGUUUUACCAGGAGCUUGGUCUGCUUAUAGAUACGAUGCUUUAGAAGUCUAGAGCAAUUAAAAAACUAAUUUUAUGCAAGAGAACUAUUUUCAGUCAGUUUUAAACCCUGAUUUAUUGACAAAUGAUAUCAAAGAAGCAAAUAAAUUUCUAGCUGAAGACAGAAUUUUGUGUUUAGGAAUAAUUUCAGCGAAAGGAUAAAAUUAUCAAUUAAAGUAUAUUCCAGAUGCAUAUGCUGUGACUGAUUCUCCAUAAACUUUAGAGGAGUUCAUCUAAUAGCGCAGAAGAUGGACUAACAGCAUGAUAUUCGCCCUUAACCAUGUUCUUAAAAAUUAUAAAUAAAGUAUUAAAGAAAGUAUCCAUUCUAAGUGGUUUAGUAAAGUUAGACUACCAUUGAAUAUGUAUUUUGCUUUUCUAGGUUUAAUUAACUAUAUUCUGUUGCCAGCAUUCUUUUUAUUUAUGGCUGUUUUGUCUGGAUACCAAUUCUACAUACCCUCUAAAUAACCUGGUAAAUCUUAUGUUGAUUCAAGCUCUUAGUAAUAGUCAUGUAUACUAGAUUACGAUUUAACUUCAUCUGAAACAAUGUGUGAUACUAAUAUCAAACAAGAUUGCUAUUAAGAGUGCCAAACUGGAGAACUCACAAUUUAUUAAAAAAUCUUCAACAUAUUCAUGAAAAUACUACCUCUUAGUAUUGUUAUGACUGUGCUGUUAUUUAUGAUUGUGUGUCUCACUUUUAAAAUGAAAAAGCAGAAUUUUUCAGAAUAUUUAUAGCUAUUCAACUCUGUUAUCAACGAAGAAGAUAAAAAGUAGAUUGAAGAGUUCAGGUAAAUCUUAAGAGCUUAGAAUAAGUCUUCUUAAUAGAUUGAAACGAAAGUCAAUAACCUAAUUUAAAAGCUAGGAGAAAAAAGACUUAAUGAUUUCAAAAUUUUAUUUGAAUCAAAGAAAUCUCACAAGCUCCCUCAAGAUCUAAGGAAAAUUAAAUCAGAAUAUGACAGAUUAUAUACACAAAAGUACUACAAUAAAGUUUAUAAAAUAUUUGCUUCACUUUUCUCCAUUUAGACUUUAUUGCUUGUUUUUGUCAUUACCUUCUCGCUAUAUAUAAAUAUAUUUGCUCCUUAAAUUUAUAAAGACAUUGGAUUCUACCCUUUACCAAAGUGGAUGAGAUUAUACAUUAUUAUAAUUAUAAUCAUAAACACUGGAUUUUUCUUUAUGAUUAUGGGAUUUCAUUUACUUUUCUAACCUAGAUUAGUUUGGCUUGCCUUCAAAUCUUACUUAUCAUUUACCUUUUAUGCUCCUGUUUACUAAAUAUUUUUGUCUAUUUACUCUUUUUGCAAUCUAGAUGAUGUAACUUGGGGAACUAAAGGUUUGCAAAGCUCUACUUAAAAUUAAAUUUUUGUUUCAGACAAAGUUAGAUAUGUUAGAUAUUGGGUUUGGAUAAACUCUUCUUUUAUUUUAGCUUUCUUAAGUGCAAGUUUAAUACCUUUAGAUAAAACUCCUUAUGUUGUUAUUGGACUGGGUAUUUAUUGCACAUUAUAUAAUGUACUUAGGAUAUCAGGAGGAACCAUUAAUUACUUAAAGUACUAUCUUUUUGAUAAAUUGAAGAUUAAAAAAUAAUUAAACAAAAUUGUUACUAGUAAUUUAUAAAAUUAAGAAGAGUUGAAAAGGGAUUACUUAAAAUCUUUAUCCCUGACUACUGUUAAGUAGAUUAAUACUUAAGAAACUAGUUAGUAAUAGUUUUUUGAAGAUAAAGAAUAACUAGUAUUCUCUCGUUCAAUUAGUAAAAAUUAUAGCUAAAAUAAUAGCUAAUAAGAAUUCUUUAGAACAGAUGAAAAAGAAAUCUUUAGAUAUUGA